UCGCGUCGCAGGGCCUCGUUGAGGCAUGAUACUGAUGCGCUAGACAAGAGCUACCAUGUACAGACAAGCUAAUAUUGAUCCAGAUGAAGGAAUAUCUCCCGCUCAUCGCAGCAUCAAGACGAUCUGCCGCACGAGUCAAGCAGUGGCAGUCCCGCCGUUGAGAUAAUCUAUCGAGCGUAUGCAGUAGCUCCAAACCGCCAACGAAGGCGUCGUUCAAAGCCCGCGUUUAUCGCUCAGGCUCGCUCCUCGACAGCAAUACUACUCACAGCCAUACGGCGCUUGCGGAGGGGAAGACAAACGAGAAUUGGGAGACGCUCAGCCGACGCUCAGGAAGUUUCUCUAAGAGUCACGACGUCCUCUCGAUGCCGCUCGACUGAGGACCCGGGUCUCAAUUCGCCACGGCCAUCGCUCCAGCGAUCUCGCAUAUGCAUUCUCAGAGACUGCAAGCGCAUGCAGAUCGUGUCAAAGAUGCGUAUGCUCGGGUGAAAUCCGGGGAACGUACCCCGCAUUCUCGGGGACAGAAACGGCGCCCGUCGUGUAACAAUGUAGUCUCGGCCAAUGGCACAAAAGGGGGAGCACAUUCGGGCGGCUGCACAGCAUGCCGCGGCGGAGCGCCCGUUGCAGGCGACGUCCUCCGGAUUCCAGGCUUGCGAACGCCGGAAGUGUGCUCCUGCCGAUAAUCUCGCCUGGAGUGCCUUGUGCCGAGUUUCUAAUAGGCGUUGGAGCGCGGCGCGGCGUCAACCCUGCGAUACGGAAAAAGAGAGGAUCUUUAGCCGACGUCUGCCCGUGGCGCGGAUGACGAGAAGAGUUCAAAGAUUCCUGGACGCCCACAAAGACAAGCGACGUGGACGCGGAUAAUUAUCAAAGUUGCAGAAACACGCUGCAUCGUGCCUUUGUCCCCAAUGGACAUGCGUCGGCAAUGUCGGGGCGCCAAUGGGAUGGGUGGUAUCAAAGCGGUGAGUACUGACCAGAAACUGAUGAGACAAAAUAAGGCGAUUCAACGUGUCUGUAGCAAUGCGGUGACCGCGGAGCGAAAGUAUAAGGCCUCAACGAAACGUCAAAUCGACACGUUUCAGCAGCAGAGUUGUCAGAUGGGAUGGUGGAUGGCGGGAGU